CACUAAAAUGAGUGAGACUCUGAGAGCAGCAUCUCCAGGACCCAGCUGUGUAUCUGUGAAGAGUGAUCAGUCAAUGGAAAAUGCCCCUGGGUUCAGUAAAAGAGAUGUGACCUCUGAUCGAAGUGCGGAUAGAGAUGUUCUUAUUGACCUGCAUCAGUAUCCUCACCAGCCAGUGAAUAAUGUUUUGCAUAGAGUCAAAGAAACUCACAAAACCAGCAUGAAAAACAGAUAUGAGAUUUUAUUUGAGGGAAUCAGAAUGCAAAACAAUCAAUCUCUCCUGAAACGGAUAUUCACACAGCUAUACAUCAUAGAGGGAGAGAGUGAAGGGGUGAAUGAAGAACAUGAGGUUUUACACAUGGAGAAAACAGCGAGAACUCAACACUUGCAAGACACCCCAAUCUACUGCAAUGACAUCUUUAAACACUUACCCGAACCAGGAUAUAUAAUGGAGAAAAGAAAGAGAAAAAAACGAAUAAAGACUGUUCUUACUAAAGGCAUCGCUGGGAUUGGAAAAACAGUCUCUGUGCAGAAGUUCAUUCUGGACUGGGCCGAGGGAAAAGCAAAUCAGGAUGUUGAUUUCAUGUUUGUGCUUACAUUUCGAGAGCUGAACUUAAUAAAAGAUGAGCAGUACAGUCUUCACAAACUUCUGCUCGACUUUCAUCCUGAACUUCUUGAUCUGGACUCAACGAUCAAUGAUGAGUGUAAAGUUGUUUUCAUCUUUGAUGGUCUGGAUGAAAGCAGAAUUAAACUGAUGUUUUCAGACAGUGAGAAAGUUUCUGAUGUGACUGAGACUUCAACAGUGGGUGUGUUGAUGUCAAACCUCAUCAAAGGAGAUCUUCUUCCCUCUGCUCUCAUCUGGAUCACCUCCCGACCAGCAGCAGCCAAUCAGAUCCCCUCCAAAUACAUCAAUCGUGUGACAGAAAUUCAGGGAUUCAAUGACCCUCAGAAGGAGGAAUAUUUCAGGAAGAGAAUCAGUGAUGAGCAUCAAGCCAGCAGAAUCAUCUCACACAUUAGAAGAGCAAGAAGCCUCCACAUUAUGUGCCACAUACCAGUCUUCUGUUGGAUCUCAUCCACUGUGCUUCAAAACAUCCUGAAACAAGAUGAGAGUGCAGAAAUCCCUCAAACUCUGACUGAGAUGUACAUCCACUUCCUGCUCAUUCAGAUCAAUGUGAGGAAUCAGAAGUAUGAAGAGAGAGAUCCAGAGACACUCCUGCAGUCCAACAGAGAAGUGAUUGUGAAACUUGCUGAACUGGCUUUCAAACAGCUGAUGAAGGGCAAUGUCAUGUUCUAUGAGGAGGACCUGAAAGAGAGCGGCAUAGACGUCACCGACGCCUCAGUGUAUUCUGGCAUCUGCACUGAGAUCUUUAAGGAACAAUCUGUGAUUCAUCAGAGGAAAGUCUACAGCUUCAUUCAUUUGAGUUGUCAGGAAUUUCUGGCUGCUUUUUUUGUGUUUUACUCACAUGCUGUAAAGAAUUUGCAUUUGUUUCUUUAUAAAGAAUGUGAACACGACCAGGUACAUGAGUAUAGAUAUGAGUGGGAUAGUCCUGAGGUAAUCUCUCUGUAUGAUUCACUAAAAGUAACAUUAGAAAAAGCCCUACAGAGUGAAAAUGGACGCCUGGAUCUUUUCCUGCGAUUCCUGUUAGGAAUCAUUCUGGAGUCCAAUCAGAGAUUGUUACAGGAUCUACUGACACACACAGAGAACUGCUCUGAGACCAUCAUGAAAAUCACACAGUGCAUUAAAGACAGAAUAAAGGAUAGCAAUAUUGAUAGUGAUGAGGAUGAUGAUGAAUAUCUCUCCACUGAAAGAUCCAUCAAUCUGUUCUUGUGUCUGCUUGAAAUGAAAGAUCAGACUCUUUCCAGAGAGAUUCAGGAGUUUGUGAAAUCAGAAGGACACUCAGAGUAUGAACUCACUGCUGCACACUGUUCAGCAAUUGCCUACAUGCUUCAGAUGUCAGAGGAGGUGCUGGAUGAACUGGACCUGAAGAAAUACAACACAUCUGAGGAGGGUAGAAGACGACUGAUACCCGGUGUGAUCAACAGCAGAAAAGCACUAUUGGCAGGCUGUAAUCUCACUGAAGAGUGCUGUGAAAAUUUGGCUUUAACGCUACAAUCAUCAAACUCCCUCCUGAGAGAGCUGGAUUUAAGUAACAAUGAGCUACAGGAUUCAGGAGUGAAGCAGCUCUCUGAUGCACUGAAGAGUCCACACUGUACACUGGAAAUACUGAGAUUGGCAGGCUGUAAUAUGACUGAUGAGUGCUGUGGAUGUUUGGCUUCAGCUUUACUAUCAUCAAACUCCCUCCUGAGAGAGCUGGACUUAAGUAACAAUAACCUGCAGGAUUCAGGAGUAAAGCUGCUCUCUGAUGGACUGAAGAGUAUAAAUUGUAAACUGAAUGUACUGAGAUUGAGUGUCUGUAAUAUUACUUGUAAGUGCUGUGAAAGCUUGGCUUCAGUUUUACAAUCAUCACACUCCCUCCUGAGAGAGCUGGACUUGAGUAACAAUGACCUGCAGGAUUCAGGAGUGAAGCUGCUCUCUGAUGCAUUGCAGAGCCCACACUGUACACUGAGCAUACUGAGAUUGUCUGGCUGCAUGGUGAAAGAGGAAGGCUUUUGUCAUCUGGCUUUAGCUCUGAGUUCAAACCCUUCACACCUGAGAGAAUUGGAUCUAAGCUACAAUCACCCAGGACACUCGGGAGUCAAGCUGAUCUCUGAAUGGGCAAACAAUCUAAAUUGCACACUGGACAAACUCAAUGUGGAUCAUGGUGGAGAGUUCAUGAUUAGAGCUGGUCUACAAAAAUAUUUCUGUUAUCUCACAUUGGAUCCAAACACAGCAAAUGCUCAACUUGUUCUGUCUGAAGAGAACAGAAAGGUGACAUAUAUGAUAGAGGAGCAGUCAUAUUCUGAUCAUCCAGAGAGAUUUGAUAAGUAUCCUCAGGUUCUGUGUGCAGAGAGUCUGACUGGGCGCUGUUACUGGGAGGCCGAAUGGAGUUGGAAGACUCAUAUAUCAAUGACUUAUAAAGGAAUCAACAGGAAAGGAAGGAGUGAGGAAUGUGAGCUUGGAUCCAAUGAAAAGUCGUGGAGUCUCUACUGCUCUGAUGAAAGAAUGUUAGUUUGUCACAGAAAUGGCACAGACAUACCUGUCCCUUCCCCCUCCAACAGAGUAGGAGUAUAUCUGGACUGGCCGGCUGGCAUUCUAUCAUUCUACAGCGUCUCUGACACACACACGCUCACACACUUAUACACACUCCACACCACAUUCACUGAACCCCUCUUUGCUGGUUUUAGAGUUUAUGACUCGGUGUCUUUGUGUUCGACCUCCAUUCAUUCACAGUAGACAAGCUUCCAUUGUAAGUGAUAUGUUGUAAAAGUGAUUUCCGUUCAUUUUUACAAACUGCAAGAUGAGUCAACAUUCUUUAUUAUGGGUUAGGGUUAGACCACAGAACUUAAGUUGUAUUUAACUCUUUUUUUACACAUGUGGACAUAGUUUGUAAAGGCCAGUUACUAUCAAUGUCAGUGUACCAGUCGCAAUCAAUGUUAUGUAAUUUCAAAGACCACAAUGGAAAUAGGUUUUUAACAUUAUAUUUGUACUCACAAUAUAUAAUGCACUACCUUUAUUUAAUUUCCAUUUUGACUUCCUGAAAUUCCUGGUGAAUGGAACUCAAAUGCCUACUGUUAUUUAGGUUAGCUCCUUUUAUAUUCUGCUUCACUCAUGUGCCAUCUUUGGCCGAAUGCCAAUCACACAUCUGCCCAAAGUGAGAUAUGCCUUUCUUUUCAUUCUUCUUUUGUCUGCAUUCUGCCUUUAACAUUCUUUUAUGCACCCAUCUUUGAAGUAGUAUUUGUGUCAUAAUAAAUGACAACAAAAGAGGGUUACUGGUGAAUAUUAUGGCCAUGUAUAUUGUGCUGGUGCCGUAGCACCCCAAAAUAAGAAUGUAAACAUGACAAAUUACACAUAUCUACUGCAUAUUACUUUAAAUGAUUGUUGAGUUGUAAAAACAGCAACUUUUACUGAUCUUGUGUGAAUUCUUCUCAUAGAAUAAGGCAUGUAGUCAUUGAUAACUAAUUUUGAUGUUAUUUUAGUUUAUAUUUUACAUGUAGUCUUGUGUCCUCAUUUUUAAAUGCUCCUCUAAACGCCUACCAUAGUGGAGUGGCCGGUGUCUGACUGUUUGCCAAAAGCACACCGUUGCUCGACUGUUUCAAAUCUUUUAGCUCUGAGUGAAUGACAAAGAACUUUGCCAAGAGUAUAUCAGGGCCAUUAAAGUCUUCAUUUG